AUGUAUGCUAGUAAGCUUCAAAAUGGUUUGGAAACCCCGAAAUUUGCAGCGCCUCAGCUGUGGUUGAAAAGAAGCCAAACAGAAGGUCUGUUGGUUCUCGAUAGGUCAUCUCCGCGUUUCGACAGUGGGAAGGUCAAUGAAAACCAGUUUGAGGAUGCUCCUCGUCAGAAUUUUAGACGUAUCAUUCAAAAAACUGCCAAUUUGAUAUCUCGUCCUAAGCCUCGAAAAUCUUCCACUUAUUUGGGGCCUAUAACGCAAAAUCAGGAAUUUCCCUCAAGCCGAGUUCAAUGCAGACAGCACACCCGCCCUAGCGACGACAAAACAUUAAGAGCGAUAUAUAUUAGACUUGAGAAUGGCUUGAACUUUACCAAAGUAACUCGCAAGAAACAGAUAGAGUACAAGUUCUUUGUUAGUAGCGGAGUGCUGCGAUGGAUGGACUCGAAAAGUAUUGAAUUAGAUGCCAUUAAGGACAUACGGAGCGGGGAAAUGGCAAAGAAUUAUAUUGAUGACUAUAAUGUUUCAGAUUCCGAAGCGCGUAACUGGCUUACUAUCAUAUAUCAAACAGGCACCAAAUAUAGGGCAUUGCACCUUGUUUCCCACAGCUCUGACGACUUCGAGUGUUUCUACACGGGCAUAGUGAGUAUUGUGAAGUCGCGUCACAAUCUCAUUCGUAGUGUAUCAAAUCCAGAUGAUGACAUGUUUGCAAAUGUACAUUGGCGUGCGACCGUCUCUGCUGAAAAGCAAGCCGACGAUAUUGACGUACUCUCCUUUCAAGAUGUUGAAGAUUUAUGUGCCAAAUUCAAUAUAUUUUGCUCAAGUGGCCACUUGCGGAAACUUUUUAAUAUUGCGGACACUAAUCGUAACGGUCUUUUGAAUUAUACUGAGUUCCAGUCGUUUGUGCAAGAGCUUAAAAGAAGGCCGGAAAUGGUGACUAUUUGGUCCAAAAUUAGUAAAGGGAGUGACAAACUGCAAUUUGACGAUUUCGUCAAGUUUCUCGAAGUAGAGCAAGGAGAGCCAGAUGCUCGAGAGAAGGCCUUGGCAGAGUAUUCGAGGCUAGCAGAUGGUAAUCAAGUAAUGAACAUCAAUGCGUUCCAAAAGUAUCUCACGUCUCAGCCGUACCUAAAAGAGAGUGUCACGGAUUAUUCCUUACCCAUUAACAAAUACUUCAUCUCCUCGUCGCACAAUACAUACCUACAAGGAAAGCAGCUUGGAGAGGCACCUACCGUGGAAACUUACGUGCAUGCCCUGCAGCAGGGCUGCCGGUGUAUAGAGAUUGAUAUCUGGGAUUCGGAGGAAGGGCCAGUUGUCUGUCACGGUAAAUUAACCAGUUCGCUACCGCUGAAAAAUGUUAUUAAGGUGGUAAGAAAGUAUGCAUUCAUAACUUCACCGUUUCCUUUAGUGUUGUCUUUGGAAGUUCAUUGUAAUUUAGCCAACCAAGUUUUAAUUGAGACGAUUAUCAAAAAGGAACUUGGUGAUAAAAUUUACAUCGAACCUCAACAAGGAGCGCUCCCUUCUCCUGCAAGUUUAAAACACAGGUUCCUUAUCAAGGUCAAAAAGUCUAAGAAAGAAGACCAUAAAUCUCCUUUCGAUGAGGAACUUCUUUCUUCGUCUUCCACAAGCUCCUCAUACGAUUCUGAAUUUGAAAUUGGUAGGCUGCGCGGUCGGAGGCUUAGCAUAGCCAAGAAGGUGCAUGUUGUCGAAAACUUGGUGACAAUGUCGCUUAUUCAUGGUCUCAAAUUCAGAAACUUUUCCCUUCCGGAAUCCAAAUCUCUCAACCAUUGCUUCUCAUUGAAUGAGAAGAAACUAGAGCACAUGAUAAAAGACGAAACCCAAAGAUUGGCUGUUGAAAAGCACAAUCGUCGUUUUCUUAUGCGGGUAUAUCCCCAUGCCCUAAGAUACAAGUCGUCCAAUUUUAACCCUAUCAAGUUUUGGGAGCUAGGCGUCCAAAUGGUCGCAACCAACUGGCAAACCUACGACUUGGGUCAGCAGCUUAACAAAGCAAUGUUUCAUUUGCCACUGGAGGCUGGAUCAUUAUGGCAUUCUGGGUAUGUUUUAAAACCGGAGUUCUUACUAGAAGAAGUUAAUAAGGCUAUUGAUAUUCGGGCUUUGCAUGCAGGCUUACGAAAGCGCAAGCGUGUUCUUCAAUUGGAUAUAAUAUCAGCACAGAUGCUCCCCAGGCCAAAGGAUCUAAAGCCGAAAGUUUCUUCCUAUAACUUCAGUGUAAAGUUGAACAUACAUGGUUGUGGGAAACCUACACGUCCAUUAGAAUCGAUAAACGGCGUCGCUGUGACAGAUACAUCAGGUUCGACACACAUUUGUAAGGAGAAUGGGUUCAGUCCGGUAUGGGAAACCAAGUUCAGAAUCACGUUGGAAGACAGCUUCUUCAAUUUUUUGCUUCUGACCGUUAGGGCCGGUGAAUCUGACCUUGCGACUUGUUGCUUGAAGUUGAGUUAUCUGCGACGGGGCUACAGACACAUACCGCUAUAUAGUGAGAGCGGCGACAGGUAUAUUUUCUCGACGCUCUUUAUGGGGAUAAACUACGACUACAUAUAA